UCCCUAUAAUGAGCUUAUAAAAUGCUAAAGCAUGGAAUAAUAAAGAUGGAGCGACGAACUCUGAGAGAGGUAAACAAACCUUAAUGUAUCAUUGUUUAUUCUUUAUACUAUGUUUGUACAUCUGCAUACUUGUCAAUAUUCUAUAAUACAAAUCAUAUCUCAAUGUAUUAAAACUAAUAGUACUAAUCUUAAUCAUUUAUUAUAAAGUAUGCAUAAUUAACAGGUUUAUUAUUCAUAAGUAAAAAUAGAAGAUAGUAAUGUACAAUAAGUGCUGUAGUUUCUUGUAUUGAAGCGAGCUAAAAUAAUAAGUGUGUGUUUGUUGUCAAUUAUUAUCAAGAUAAUGGAAUGGCCUCAAGCAACCGGUCAUUCAUUAGGAUCACUUGAUUAUGAUACCGAUAUUCAUCAUGACCAAUCUCAUACAAGUAAAGAUCUUUGUAGUGGAAUGACAUCAGCGACGAUGAACAUUCAGAACAAUGUGUUGAAUAUGGAUAUAUUUGAUGAAAAGUUUAGGUUAUCAAACAUUUUUACAACACCUCCAGAUCAGCCUGAAAAUACAUCAUUGAAAAUGUCUGGUGCUAAUAAAGUAUUCAAAAGAUCAUCAACAUUAAUACUGGAAGAUAGCGAUGAAUAUCAGAUGAGUAUGAGCUGUAACAAUUUAUUGAAUUCGAGUGACGAUCCAGACCCAAAUACAUCUACUCCUGAACGUGAAAAACAAUCAGAUAGAUACAAAAUUCUGCGACCGCCCAAGUUAACAAUUAAUGAGUCAAUUGACGAAGAUACUGGCAUCUUUGACACAGUUCAAUGCAGUCCAGUAAAAUCUCCAUUCCCGUCUGAUUCACCUAAUAAUUCAUCGUUGGGCUUAGAUGAUACUCUUCUUGCAUCUUCAUUUGAGUCUCCACCUAGACCUGCUUUAUUUAAUCAACGAGAAAAAAAGUUGAUGAAUUUACUUGGGCGUUUUGGCCUUAGUCAUUUUGCUCUGCUGUUUAUUGAACAAGAAGUAGAUGUGGAUUUAUUCUUAACACUUACUAAUAAUGAUCUUAAGGAAAUUGGAAUACAAAGAAAAACUGAUCGUAAUAUUAUAUUAUCUGUCAUUCAAGAAUGUAACAAACGUUUAUACUAAAUUUUUUACUUUUGUUAAAACAGAGUUAGACUGAGUCUUUGAUUUUUUUUUUU